CAUUGAGUAUUACUGUUCUUUGCGUUUCACGUCUGUUUGCUUGCGUGUGCUGCGGCGUAACGCCAGCGCUUUAAUGCAUUAGUGCGCAUACCACGGCGUUUAACGUUAUUGUUAACUGUGGACUUAGGCCUGGUAGAUUUGAUCACAUUUCUUGGUGCACAUUGGCAAAAAACGCAAGCGCGGCGGCGAAUGCUAGGUGUGAAGGGACAAAUGCUGAACAAGCAGCGGGCAUUCGGGGACAAGCUGCCUUAUCGCGCUCGCUGCCCUCGCGCGCCUCGAGUGGUCGCCACUGCCGCAGUCCAUGACCUGGCAAAGACCGAGACAACACCGCGUCGGGUCGUGGUUACGGGCAUGGGCGUUGUGUCUUGUUUAGGACACGAGCAUGAGGAGUUCUACAACAACCUGCUGGCGGGCAAGAGUGGCAUCUCGUACAUUGAGGGUUUCAAUGCGUCCGAUUACACGACUCGAUUUGCUGGGGAGAUCAAGUCCCUGGACUGCACGGGCUACAUCUCCAAAAAGUUUGAGAAGCGUGUGGAUGCCGUGAUUAAGUAUAUUAUAGUGGCGGGCAAGAAGGCGCUGGGCGAUGCCGGACUGGCGUGGGACGGGCCCGCUCUUAAGGAUCUGAAUCGCAUGCGUUGCGGCACGCUGAUCGGCACGGCCAUGGGCGGCAUGACCAGCUUUGCCAAUGCGGUGGAGGCGCUGGAGACCGCAGGCUACCGGAAGAUGAACCCCUUCUGUAUUCCCUUCGCCAUCACCAACAUGGGAGGCGCCAUGCUGGCCAUGGACCUGGGCUUCAUGGGCCCCAACUACUCCAUCUCCACCGCAUGCGCUACCGGGAACUAUUGCAUCCUAAGCGCUGCGGAGCACAUUAAGCGGGGCGAUGCGGACCUCAUGUUGGCGGGAGCAGGUGACGCCGCCAUCAUACCCUCGGGCAUCGGCGGCUUCAUCGCGUGCAAGGCCCUCUCCAAGCGCAACGACGAUCCAGCGUCAGCUUCCCGGCCAUGGGACACCAACCGGGACGGCUUCGUGAUGGGCGAAGGCGCGGCCGUGCUGGUUCUGGAGGAGUACGAACACGCCAAGGCACGUGGGGCCCCCAUCUACGCUGAGUACGUGGGCGGAGCGCUCACCUGCGACGCGCACCACAUGACGGAACCCCAGCCAGAGGGGAAGGGCGUCAUCAUGUGCCUGGAGCGCGCUCUGGCAUCCUCGGGGGUCUCUGCGGAGGAUGUCAACUACGUCAACGCACAUGCCACGUCAACGCAGGCUGGUGACAUGGCGGAGUACCGGGCCAUCAACCGGGUGUUCAAUCACGAGCAGCUGCGGAUGAACUCCACCAAAUCUAUGAUCGGGCACUUGCUGGGUGGUGCAGGUGCAGUGGAGGCGGUCGCCGCAAUCAAAGCCAUCCAGACAGGCUGGCUGCACCCCACCAUCAACCUCCAUGACCCUGAGAACGGUGUCGAUCCAGUUCGUGUGGUGGCCGGUGUGAAGCAGCACCACCCAGUCAAGGUUGCGCUGUCGAAUUCCUUCGGGUUCGGCGGCCAUAACAGCUGCAUCAUGUUUCGGGGGCCGCCCCAGUAAGCGGAGUGGAGAAAUGGCAGGAAUGGUAAGGAGUUAGGCUCCCGGACGCGGUGCUGCUGCUGCGGUUCUUAAGCCCGGGAGCCUGUUGUUGGCUCUUCUACCACUACUUUGUGAUGGCACCUAAUCAUGAAUAUUUGGAGUUGCGUGUGAUGAGGUGCGGGUC